AUGUUUAGUAGUGGCGGCCGCAGGAAGAUUCGCGAGCCGAGUGAGCGCCUGCUGACGCUGGCACAGCCUCGGAGGCCGGUGGAGCCGCCUGGCCCCAUUCGGACGCAGCUGUCGCAGGUGGAGGACAAGCAGGUGGUGGCUCUGGGGCGCAUCAGGCAGCGUCAGUCGCUCGCGGAGGCGGCGCACUACCAGCGGUCCGGCUCCGAGCAUAGCAGCAGCGCCUCGCCGCGCGCCGGCCUCACGCAGGCGCGGCUGAGCCAAGUGUCAUCACCGUUGGGCGCCAAAACGUCGUCUCGGGCGCAGCCGUCGGGCACCGGGGUGGACCGCGACCGGCGCAGCGUCGUGGGGUCGGUUCAAGGGACGGAGCCGUCGCAUGCCUCCGCCGCGUGGACGCCACGCGUGGCCCUGCGGCCGCGCCGGACCGCCAAUGGCCCGGGCUGGCUGCCCUACAGCCGCAGGAAGCUCCGGGAACCGAGCCAGCGGAUCAUAAUGCUGGCCCAGCCUCGGAAGGCACCGCAGCCGCCGGAGGAGACAUCGGAGGCGAAGAAGAAGAAGAUGUCCGAGAGCGGCUCCGAGGUACCGUCACUACAGGACAAGACGGUGACGCCGGAAGAGCGCGUCAAGAUACGGCAGUCCAAGGCGGAGGCGGCACAUUUCGGCCGCGCCACAGAGCGGGCCAAGCUGGCUUCGCGCUGGAGGCACGCCAAGGAGGAGAAGGCGGCUCGGGAGGCGGCGGCAAAGGCCAGGGCCAAGGGCUACCUGGGCAGGGCCAGCUCCUUCGCAGCUGCGCGCCAGGCAACACAGAAGGCGCUCAGCACGGUGGCCAGCGAACGCCGAUAGUGACGUCAUCAACUGUAGGCUCACGACAAAUUCCCAAACAACAGCAAAUACAAGC